UAUGAAAGAAGAGAGGAUUACAUAGCAGCUAAUAGAUGACAUGCUCUUAGCAUGUUCUAGAAUUUUCUCUUCAUUCCAAAGGUCGAUGGAAUUUCCAAGCACUGCCCUCUAAUUUCGACAAGUAAAGCGCCAGCCCGUUUAAUCUCUUCUCAUCAGAAUGUCUGAAAGUACCCUGGGCUCUGAAGAAGCAUUUAUAAAUAGGCCUCAGGUUACGAAAGGCAGCCGUUUAAACACAAUGGACAAAAAACUCAACCUUCUCAAUGAAAAAGUAGACAAACUGUUACAUUUCCAAGAAGACUUGACCGAAAAACUCCAGAAAGUUAAUGAAGGGAUUGAUGAUUUGGGGAAAGGCCUCCAUCAGCUAUGUGUAUCACAAACUCCUGCUGACCCAAUCUGUGGAAUAAAUAGAAGUCUGCAAUGGGAAGAUAACGUCCAUCAGGUAGAAACUCAGAACGCGUACACUGAGAUUUUGAACCUGAUGAAAGCAACACAUCAAGAUGCCUCAAAGUACAAGGAAAAGAUGGAGAAGAUGGAGACAUCUGUAGAUGCUAUUGACAAGAUGGUGAAAUGUUUGGGAGAAAUGUUCAAAAACUCAAAGGUGGUGGAUUUCAUUCUGAAAGGGUGUGUUCCUUGGUGGAAAGGGAGUUUGCUUGAAAUCCUGGAAGAGACUAAAGAUAAGCCAGAAGACAAGGGUGCAAAAGGAAAGCAUGCACCUCCCAAGAACGGAAUACAGACAGAAAGCAAGAAUUCCUUGGAAGAAAACAAAAGGGGGACCACGUCGGAUGAGCAGCACGGAAUACGUGGAAAGGUAAAUGUGGCCAGUACGGUCCUUUCCAAAGAGGGCUCCAGACCAUGUGCGGUAGAGAAGAUGGCCCAGCUUGAACCAACAGAGCCUUCAGGAUCAGCAAAUGGCUCCAAGGAUUGCCCAAGACAAAAAGAAACUGGGAACAGGGGCACUGUCCAGAAGGAUGACCUUUUCUGCCCAAGCGGUGGCAAUCUGACGGAGACCCAAAAUAUGGACAAAGAAAAAUCUCCCCAAAAGCAGGUGACUCCAAAAUGGAAAGGAGGUGAAAAAAGUAUCUCCAGACUUGACACUCCUGCUGGGGAAGCUGUGUCUUCUACCUCAAAGUCUGGCUGUGAAGUUAUAAGGACAAGGCCUUCGGUCAUUGCCCAGAUGAAUGAUGCUCAAGACAAGGCUUUGAAAGGCAAAGAAGGAAGCAUUGGCAGCUCUGGAGGUAAACGUGGUGGAGCAUUGGUUCCCCUUUCCCUGCGGCCAGUAGGUCAAGGAGGUAAGCAUUUGCAGGAACCUUCUAAAGUUAAGGAGCCCUCAAAGGACAACAGGACUGAACCCACGCAAGAACUGAAAGGAGUCCAUUCUUUCAAUAAGUGGAGUGAGCAGAUUCCCAAACUGGCAGGUCCUGCUUCAGCAGCACCACUUGCAAAGGCUGAAGGCAAAGGAGAAGAUCAAUGCAAAGGUCUCUCAUGUCCAAGUUCCACUGCAAAAGACUUUGGCAAAGAUCUAGGAGGCUCGGGAAAAAGCCCCAAGGAGACAGCAAAGAUAACAAAAGACAUCAAAACAGAAACUGUAGAACCACGGAGAGCUUCUUUAGUGAGGCGAGAGAGCAGAUCCAGACAGGGGGCAGGGAAACUUUCAGAGAUUACUCCAUUUGUAGGAGCCAGCCAAGUGGAAGAGAUGGUCAUUGAUGACAGUCCUCCUCCUCCAGCCCCUUUUGAACAUCGCAUUGUGAGCAUCAAACAAACUGAGCUAACAGCUUUUUACACAGUAAGCCAUGAUGAAGUUUUGGGAGGGGGGCGUUUUGGUCAAGUUCACAAGUGCAUUGAAAAGGCAACGGGACUGUGUCUUGCCGCCAAGAUCAUCAAAGUGAAAUUAGCAAAAGAAAGGGAAGAAGUGAAGAAUGAGAUAAAUAUCAUGAACCAGUUAAGCCACGUGAACCUAAUUCAACUCUACGAUGCUUUUGAGAGCAAAAACAACCUCACCUUAAUCAUGGAAUAUGUCGAUGGUGGGGAGUUAUUUGACCGGAUCAUAGAUGAAAACUACAAUCUUACUGAGUUGGAUGCUAUCUUGUUUACCAAACAAAUAUGUGAAGGAAUAUAUUACCUGCAUCAACAGUACAUCCUUCAUCUUGAUCUGAAGCCUGAGAACAUACUUUGUGUGAGUCACACUGGAAACCAGAUUAAAAUAAUUGAUUUUGGACUAGCAAGGAGGUACAAGCCUCGUGAGAAGCUGAAAGUCAAUUUUGGCACACCCGAAUUUUUGGCUCCUGAAGUUGUGAACUACGAUUUUGUGUCCUUCCCAACGGACAUGUGGAGUGUAGGCAUCAUAGCAUACAUGCUGGUCAGUGGCUUGUCGCCUUUCCUUGGAGAAACUGACGCAGAGACCAUGAAUUAUAUUGUCAACUGCAGCUGGGAUUUUGAUGCAGAAGCAUUUGAACAAGUGUCAGAAGAGGCAAAGGACUUUGUUUCCAGACUUCUCAUAAAGGAAAAAAGUGGCAGAAUAAGUGCAGCCAAUUGUUUGAAACAUGAGUGGUUGACCAACCUGUCUGCCAAGGCUAAGAAAUCGAAAGCUCGCUUGAAGUCCCAGAUGCUCCUACAGAGAUACAUGGCCCAGAAGAAAUGGAAGAAGCACUUCUAUGCGGUCACAGCUGCCAACAGAUUGAGAAGAUUCCCUAACAUGCCCGAGAGUCCUGCUGCUGAAGAUAACUGAGACUUGAUGAUUUUAGCAAUUAGUCCAUUUCCACCUGUUUCACAUUAAGAUUUCUUUCCUCUUCUUCCUCUUCCUCUAUUAUACACCCAUUAUCCUGCUUAAGUUAACCCCCUCAAGCCUAAGAAGACACAAUGGGACUUCCUACACCAAGGGAAGACUGACUGCAAAGGGAAAAGAGGAAAAAUGCUUGAAUUAUACCUCUUAGACUUUCAUUUCUGUAAUUAUAUAUUAGUGAAUAGCAACGGCCUUUUCUGUUGGGGACUGGUUGUCUUAUUGUAAAGAAUGUUAUGGUGUGAGAAUGUCAAGUCAUGACUGGAAGGUUUAACUUCAAGUAGAACAUGUAGCUUCUGCAGAGCUUGUGCUAGUUAUUUUCUGAGUUCAGUAUUUUUGCUUUGAAAAUAGAACUUUGGGUAGUGAUCGAUAGCUUUAAAAACACUUGCCAAGCCAUUGUAUUGGGAUUUAUCACCUUUUAUACACUCACGUAUGGCUUCCAUUUUGCUUAACUUUCCUAAUCUUUUUUUUAAAUCAAAUUGAGCCUGAAAUGAUCCAUGUAAUUAUUUGCUGCUGUCUGUGUCAAGGACACCAGCUUGGGGUUGUGUGGGAAAGGGGUGAUAUAAAUAAAAUGACUUAAUGGGUUGUUACCCCC